AUGGAGUAUCUUUCGAGAAGGCUAUGCAUGCUCAAAGAAGAUAGACUGUUCAAAUAUCAUCCAAAGUGUUCAAGGCUGAAAAUUUCCCAUCUCUUCUUUGCUGAUGAUCUGUUGCUUUUCUGCAAGGAUGAUCUAUACUCUAUUGCAAAAUUAAAAGAAUGCCUUUCAGAUUUCAGCUGUGUGUCUGGAUUAGAAACAAAUCCUAACAAAUGUUCUAUUUACAUGAGUGGGAUUGGAGAUGAUUUAAAAACUCAAAUUUGUGCUCUCCUUAAUUUCUCUGAAGGAGUACUUCCUGUGAGAUACUUAGGAGUACCACUAAUCUCUAAGAGACUGUCUUAUAUGGACUGCUAUCCAUUGAUCAAUAAGAUAUCUACUCAGCUUCAAAACUGGCAAAAGAAGAAAGCUCUGUCUUAUGCAGGAAGACUGCAGCUGAUUAAAACUGUUAUUCUGGGUGUUCAACUCUAUUGGACUAGCAAUUAUGUUCUCCCAGUUAAAGUCCUGGAAAAAAUUGAUAAUCUCUGUUCUGAAUUCUUGUGGAAUCACAAAAUACAUCUAAUAUCAUGGACUGCAGUAUGUCAAGAUAAAGAGCAUGGAGAUUUGGGGAUUUUCUCUGCUAGAGCCUGGAAUCUUGCAGCGGCUAUGAAGCUCCUUUGGAUGAUACACCUCAAGAAGGAUCUAUUGUGGAUCAAAUGGAUUCAUGGGCAUUAUCUAAGGCAGUCAAACAUCUGUAUUGUGGAUCAAAUGGAUUCAUGGGCAUUAUCUAAGGCAGUCAAACAUCUGGCAAGUGCAAGUAAAAUUGAAUGA